AUGACUCGGUACGGGGGCAUGGGGAGGACGCGCCCGAAAAAGCUCACCUCCAAGGCAUCCAUUCCCGUCGUCCGCGAACACGAGAUCGAUUCCCUCGACGAAGACAUCCAGAACUCCCUACAGCAGAUUGAAACCGGUGUCGAAAAGGCCGAGGAGUCGGAAAUCCAUUUGCAAAUUGCAAUCAAUGCCACUGCCCAGGGCAAAGUAAAUGAGGCACAUAUUCCCACCCCUGAGACCAUUCUCAGUAAUCUCCAAUAUGACGAACUCUACCCUCCCAUCUUCUCGCAACCUGCGACAUACAUUCGCUUCUCCUCGACUGUCGAGGACUGCUGCGGAUGUCCGUACAACAUGACCGAGGAGGACGACGUCUUCCUCAAGAUCAUGAACCAAAAACGCGACGCGUCGGCGAUUCCAUGCACGGAGGAUAUCUUUGAGGAAGUCAUGAACUUCUUUGAGGAGACGGCGCAGACCAAGCAGCCGUAUGCCUCGGUCGAUAACCCGCCUGUACUGUCGUUCGCCGACAUGCAAGACAUGAUGGACGCCAGCUUAGACGACUCCAUGAAGCCCUUCGCGAAGGAAAUAUAUGAGCACUGGAAGUCGUCUCGGAUGGCUGUGCAGAACAACCCCCUUGUAUCACAGCUCAAGUUCGAAACCGGCCAAGAUACCGAUGACAGUGAUCCCUUCGUGUGUUUCCGUAGACGUGAGGUCCGCCAGAUCCGAAAGACCCGUGGUAGAGAUGCGCAAAGCGCAGAGAAGCUCCGACGCCUUCGCAAAGAGCUGGAAGAUGCUCGUGAGCUCGUUGCUUUGGUGCGCCAGCGUGAGAUUGCCCGCAAGGAGAUGCUCUCCAUGGAGAAGAAGAUAUUCGAGCAGCGUGCUCAGGUGAAGGAGAUGAAGCGCAAGCUCAACGUCAAGGACGACGACGAGGAUCUCAUCAACCAAAAGCCCAAGAAAAGAGUGCUCGAGAUACCUCAACAGCGUCCCAAUGCUCCCCAAUUGCGCAUGCCCCUCAAGGCUGGCCUUCAAGGCGCAGAGGACCUGCAGCUCUUGGAGGAAGUUCAAGCAGAGAAGGAAAACGAGAUUCUGCGCGAUAUCAAGCAGAAUAUCACCAAGCAUAUCAAGUGGAACGAGGGAUACGUGGAUCACACUCGUGCUCCGCUAUCACCGUCUCCCGAAAGGACAUUCGAUGUGGCAGCCUUUCGACCUGCUUUCACAGCCCAAUUGCCCACUCCUCCCUCAUCAGAAGCUUCUGGUGAGAUGGAUACCUCUUUAGACGUCACAAGCCCGCUUUACUCUCGAGACAAGCUUGCUUCGCAUGCCCUGGCAUUGCACGACGAGCCACACAAAAUGCCAUCUUUCCGACGACGAGUAGGACGUGGUGGCCGAUUGAUGAUCGACCGUCGUAACAUGGGAACUCACAAGGUCGAACUAGAUCCCCUCAAGGCAGACCGCUUCAAGUUCGACCAAGAGGAUUCUGACGAGGAGCCCGAAUAUGAUACCGAUGCGUACAGUAUCCAAAUCAUGCAACAUCGGGCUAUCACAAUGGCCAAGGCGCGCGAACAGGCCGCUCAGGCUCAAGUGGCUGCCCAGGCUCAUGCGCAGGCGCAAGCCCAGGCAGUCCAAGCUCAAGUACAGGCUCGACGACUCCAAGACCAAAACGGUCCUCACGGACCCGGGUCCAAUGCCCCGGUGGCAGCGUCCGCAGCCUGA